AUGGCAACAAGAAGAGCACAUAAUAAGUCAAGAUUGGGGUGUCACCAGUGUAAGAAAAGAAGAAUAAAGUGCGACAUCAAACAACCAUCAUGUGCAAAUUGCGACAAGAAGGGCUUGGAUUGCAGCUUUCUUCUGCUUGCCCCUAGAUCUAGACUUUCUGUCAUACCAUCGACAUCACCAAGAUCACCCCAAUCGUUUGAUGCGGGACCCGCGCCAGUCUCCGAUCUUGAAUAUGCUAAAACACCAAAUACGCUAUCGGUUGGGAGUGGCAGUCCAGGUAGUGAAGUCGCCAGCCUUUCUUUGACACCGGCAUCACAGACGCGUCUCUUUUUCGAGGAAGACUGCUCAGAUUUCGGCUCAAGCAUUACGCCCUACUCACCAUCCAUACCACCCGCGUUGCCUGUUCUCUCAGCCUGGUCACCAAUCUUUCCCACCUUACCCGCAUCUCUCCGCUCGGUCCUCUCGCAUUACGAAUAUACCACAGCCCUGACGCUCCUGCCGACUGACCCUGCGAAAGCCGCUUGGCUCACGAAUCUACCCGGCCUUGCAUCUGAUCAUACUCACCUCUUGAACUGCGUCCUAUCAAUCGCAUCCCUACAUAUUGGACGUCUACACGAUCGGUACGCUCCAAAACGACUUGAGAUGAAUGCUUUGGCCGCUUCACACAUGAACAAAGCACUAUCGACAUACCGAACUGAGCUAUCGAAUAUUACGAGAGACAACGCGGCGGCCUUAUUCGCAAGUGCGACACUGACAGCCGUUUACCUCUUUCGGACCACCGCACUUGACAUGGAGGAUAUAAGGUCCUCAAUCCCACCAGGAACUUCUAUGCCAUCAGACGACAUCGUGGAAAAGAUGUUCGCAUGCGCCUUACGACCAAUCUGGGGUCUUCGUGGCCCUCUAACGGUACUCAUGAGUGGCUGGACAUGGGUAACUACCGGUUCGAUGCAUCCCAUCACAGCGAGAAUGUGGUGGCCCGAACAAAUCUUCCCCGCGACGCCCAGAGCCGUGGAGGAAGACGAGCGCCUAGCGAGACUGAAAGACUCAUGGCUAGGAGAGCCUUCUCAGGAUGUGGACCAAGCGCUGGAGUAUCUUCGAGAGUCUUUUGCGCUCGUGAGUCAAUUGACUCUACCAAAUGUGUAUCCGCCCAUGACAGCAAUACCGUACCUCGUCGAAGACACCAAUGUUGGCGUACUUACCGACCGCGGCGCUAUCUUCGUGUGGGUGGCGAAAAUAUCGCGCGAGUUCAUGCAACGCAUCGAGGCCAAGGAUCGAGAUGCACUUGUCCUACUGGCUUAUUAUGCCGUGCUACCGGGACGAGUGAGAAAUGUGUGGUGGCUCGAAGGUCUCGGCGCAGAUAUCGUGACUGCGAUCGCACUGGUGUUAGGGCGAGAGAACUGGAGUCUGAUAGAGUGGCCUGCCAGUGUGGUGGGCGUUUACUUGGAGAGCAUGUUCGACACUAGGUAUGAUAGGUUGGGAGGCCAACCCGAGGAAAUGAGCAUGGAUGUUAUAUAA